AUGAGUAACCACAGCAAUCUCCGCGUGCUUGAGGACCAAGUCCUCUGUCCCCUUUGUCUGGAGGUGUUCCGCCACCCGGUCACCACCGCCUGCGGCCACAACUUCUGCAUGACCUGCCUGCAAGGAUUCUGGGACCACCAGGCAGCCAAGGGUGAGACGCUCUAUUGCCCCGAGUGCCGAGAGAACGUCCCCUCCAGGCCGCGCCUCUGCACGAAUGCCAUCCUGGGGGAGAUGGUGGCCUGUUUCGCCCAGACCAAAUGCCAGGCUUCGGGGCCCGCGUGGAACCUGGCCGGGCCCCAGGACGUGCCCUGUGACUUCUGCGCCCCCGAGAAGCUCAAGUCCGUCAAGUGGUGCCUGCAGUGCGCGGCCUCCCUGUGCGAGAAGCACCUGCGCAGCCACUUCGAGGACCGGCUGUUCCGGGACCACCCGCUGCUGGAGCCCGUGGGGCCCCGCCAGACCCGCCUGUGCCCGAAGCACGGCCAGCUGGGGCGGCGGGACGGUCGCACGGAGGGCUGCUGCGAGUGCGCGGCCUGCCUGUCGGAGGCGCACGAGAGCCACGACGCCGCCCCGCUGGGGGACGAGCGCGCCCGCCGGGAGGUCGAGGUUCGGAAAGUCCAGGCCAACGUGGAGAACCAGAUGCUGAUCAUCGCCUCUGACAACCAGAAGCACCAGGGGCAGGUGGCCUUUCUCUCGAAUUUGAUCCAGACAACACGAGAUGAGGUGAACACCUGCUUCUCGGAGAUCAUCCAGGAGGUCCAACAGCUGCAGAUGAAGGUCUUGGACUUUGUGGAGAAAGAGGAAGCAGCCGCCCUGGGGAAGCUGGGUAGCUCCAUCCAGCAGAGCCACAACCGGCUGCUGAAGCUGGAAGGGGACAGCGUCUGGCUCCAAAACCUGCUGGCUAACCGAAAUGACCAGGAAUUUCUGCAGGAGUUCUCCAGGUUGAAGCACCUCCCAUCCGGUAUGGAACCCCUGAUGGGCACCAACUGUGAAGACACACAGAGCUUCCUCCAGCUGCCAGAGACCCUGGCUGAGCUCCGGACCCGGCUGGUGGACCUAGGGCUCAGCUUUGUCAACCAGCUCCUUCUGAAGGGCAUUAAGAUGACCACCUAUGAAGUGCUGCCCCCUGCUGUGGACAGGAAGACACUCCUCACGUGCUACUGCAACCUGAACUUCGACCCCAGCACGGCCAGCGAGGACCUGCUCCUGUUCAGAGACACCUACUCCGUGCUGAACCCGGGCAUCCUCCUGGAGCCCCUGGCCGCGGGCGGCCCCUUACCAGGCUUCAAGCAGUGGCCACAGGUACUGUGCUCACGGGGCCUUUCUGGGGGCUGCCACUACUGGGAAGCCGAGGUGUCCAACGCGUGGGUGUGCCUGGGCGUCACCUACCGCCGCAGCCCACCGCUCAGCGGCCACCCGAGCCGCAGCAUCAUCUACCUGCUGGGCCGCAAUGCCUACUCGUGGUGCUUGGAGUGGGACUCGCUCAAGUUCUCGGUGUGGCACAACAACACGCAGACGGUGCUGCACGGUGCCUACCACCGCACGCUGGGCGUGGCGCUGGACUGCAGUGCCGGCUGCCUCUCCUUCUAUGGCCUGGCGGGCGGUGUGAGCCUCCUCUACCGUUUCCUCACCGCCUUCCUCGAGCCGCUGUACCCAGCGGUCAUGGUCAGCAGCGGAGCGUCAGUCAUGCUCAAGCAGCGCGGGGAACCCAAGCAGUGCCCCGAGCCGGAGCCAUAG